AUGUCGAUUACAGUGCAGGUAAAGUGUGGUCAGAGCAAGUGGGAAGUCUCUGUGAACCCUGAAAAGACAGUGGCGGAGUUCAAGGACGAGAUUGCCAAGGUGUCAGAGAUCCCAGCCGCUAAUCAGCGGUUGAUCUACUCUGGUAAGAUUCUGAAGGACGACCAAAAUGUAGAGAGUUACAAGAUACAGGAUGGGCAUGCGAUUCAUUUGGUGAAAUCCGGUGGAGGAGGUGGUAAUACUGCAGCAAAAGCAAGUACUAGCAGCCAGGAAAGCAACACAGCUGCUCCAGGUAGUGCUACUGUGCCCAGCAAUAUUGCCUCUGGCCAAACAGGUGGUUUCAACCCGCUUAGCGAUUUGACAAGUGCUCGUUACGCCGGUUUUACUAAUCUUCCUUCUGCGGAUAUGUUUGGUCCAGAUGGUGGAUUGACUAAUAUGCCUAAUCAGGAUGAUAUGCUUGGGAUGUUGGAGAAUCCCAUUUUUCAGUCGCAGAUGAAUGAAAUGUUGAGUAACCCUCAGAUGGUAGACUUCAUGAUCCAGUCGAACCCACAGUUGCAAGCUAUGGGCCCACAGGCCAGGCAGUUGUUGCAAAGUCCCUUUUUCAGACAGAUGUUAACCAAUCCGCAGAUGCUCAGACAAAGUAUGCAGUUCUCCAGCAUGAUGAACCCCAGUGGAGGUAACGAUGCGGCAGCAGCAUCGUUCCCAGCGCCAGGCGAUUCCACAACAGAGGCAUCGUCGACCGAAGCCAACACAGAUGCAAAUGCGAAUACGAACGCAAACGCAAACACAAACGCAGCCAAUCCAUUUGCUGCUAUGUUCAACCCAGGUAGCAAUCCAUUGGCCUCCAUGUUUGGUAACCAGGGUGUUGGUGCCGCUGAUAACCAGCAAAAUCAGCCAUUCGAUCCAUCAAUGCUCGCUAGUCUACUCGGUGGGGGCGCUGCUCAACAGAGAGCCGAACAAGACAAUAGACCUCCUGAAGAACGCUACGAACAGCAGCUGAGACAGCUGAAUGACAUGGGCUUCUUUGAUUUCGAAAAGAAUGUGGCAGCAUUAAGACGGAGCGGUGGGUCUGUGCAAGGAGCCUUAGAUAGUUUACUCAAUGGUGACGUUUAG